UCUGGUACGCCACAACACGCCCAAAUCUAACGCCCCUCACGUGAGACUUUUUCCGAACUAAAACUUACCACGUUCCACUUUCUUCCACACACUGUAUAUAUCUCAUCGUCAUAGUCAUCGUCAUCGUCAUCUGGCAUUGACCCAGCAAACAGAAGAUGGAGCAGUCGACCCAGGAAUCCCACCUCGGAUCGGAGAACUGGGUAACCUACGAGUCCCCGUACCCAAUCUACGGCAUGGCGUUCUCCCCGACACACCCCCACCGCAUGGCCCUGGGAAGCUUCAUAGAGGAGUACACAAACAGAGUGGACAUCCUCAGCUUCCACGCGGAAACCCUCUCCCUAACGCCCCACCCGGGCCUCUCCUUCGACCACCCCUACCCGCCCACCAAGCUCAUGUUCCACCCCUCCUCGCCGGACCUCCUCGCCACCUCCGGCGACUUCCUCCGCCUCUGGGAGCUCCGCGAGGCCUCCGUGGACGCCCUCUCGCUCUUCAACAACUCCAAGAGCAGCGAGUACUGCGCCCCCCUCACCUCCUUCGACUGGAACCACCUGGACCCCAACCGCAUCGCCACCUCCAGCAUCGACACCACCUGCACCAUCUGGGACAUCCAGCGCUCCCUCGUCGAGACCCAGCUCAUCGCCCACGACAAGGAGGUCUACGACAUCGCCUGGGGCGAGGCCCGCGUCUUCGCCUCCGUCUCCGCCGACGGCUCCGUCCGCAUCUUCGACCUCCGCGACAAGGAGCACUCCACCAUCAUCUACGAGAGCCCCCACCCCGACACCCCUUUGCUCCGUUUGGCUUGGAACAAACAGGACCUUCGCUACAUGGCCACCAUCCUCAUGGAUAGUAAUAAAGUUGUCAUCUUGGACAUUCGCUCCCCCACCACCCCCGUCGCCCAGUUGGAUAGGCAUCGUGGCUGCGUCAACGCCAUUGCUUGGGCCCCUCAUAGCUCCACCCAUAUUUGUUCCGCUGGAGAUGACUCUCAGGCUCUCAUUUGGGAAUUGCCCACUUUGGCUUCUCCUUCUGGGAUUGAUCCCUUGUGCAUGUACUCUGCUGCCUCUGAAAUUAACCAGUUGCAGUGGUCUGCCACCCACCCUGAUUGGAUCGCCAUUGCUUUUGCCAACAAGAUGCAGCUUUUGAAAGUUUGAGCUCACCACGUUCAAUCGUUCAUAGACAGGACUCGCUUCUCACUUGUUCUUUUUCCCUACUCUGUUUCGGCUAAUUAGUUAGUCUUAUAUAUUCUGUUUUGUAAUUGCCCUCACCUUUUACUUGUAGUGAAAUCGGUCUUCAACGUGUAUUUCACCCACUAAUGCAAUUGUCUGGAAAUCUGUUGUGAAGUGAGACUUCCAUGUUUAUGAUGUGGAAGCCUUAGUUAUUAGCUUCUUAGUAAAAGUAAAGAAAAAUCACAACUGGGAUUUGGAACCAAACACGUGCUUGGUCUUCAAUUUGCUGGCUUCCCGGCCAGAUGAUAGUUGUAAAAUGUUGUUCAAUGUAUGUCUUUAUGAUUUAUUGCUAUUAA